GCUAAGUUUUUAAAUAAUUCUGUAAGCAGAAUAUGUGCGUGAAAUGUCGAAAGAUAAUACAAAUCUCCGCCUGCUAGGUUCACCCGUUAAUCUUUCAUAUCGUAGCAAGAAAAAGGACGAUAAGAAAAACAUUAGAAACAGGCCAAGAUCAGCGCUGCAGAAUUCUUGUUUUACACCGGAUGUACAAGAAAGAUACAAAAGACCAUUCUCUGCUGACACAAAGGAUCGAGCUCCCUCCACCAGGAAUUUCUUGAAGUCUUUUAGCGCAGACUUACUUCAAUCAUACAAUAAUUCACCAAUUCGUGUAGUUCCGCCUACUGCAGACCUACUUCGUGAAUCUCUUCAGAGUCAUCCUAUUCUCAGGGAAAAGGAUCUUUGUAGCAAUGCCUCGGAUUAUGGCUCUGAAGACACUUUCAUCAGUUUAGGAACAAAAAUCAAAGCCAGAGCUCAAUCUAGUCCCAAACCUAAGAAUUCUAACAACAAAAACCAUUUAAAAUAUAGGAAUAUUAAUAAAAGAUCUCGUAAGGCUAUGGAGAAUAAUGAUAAUGGAGACAAAAAUAGUACUGGAUAUGGAAUGGAAGUAAAAAUAACCGAAAGACCUCAAAGAAUUCCAUCUCCCACAAGGAAGGACAUGUUAUUUGAUCGUAGUGUAUCACCUUUUAAAAGUCAAAUGUAUGAAUCUUAUUUCGUGUCUUUAGAUUCUGAUAGAAAGAGUCCAGAAGAUUCCUUAGCUGAAUGUGUCACAUUUGGUGCUAACAACAUACAGACGGAAGUUGAAGAAGCUAUAGAUUCUUACUCGCGUAGACUAAACCUCACUAAGCAACAACUAUCUCUUGUUGAAGAAGAGUCAACACAAGAUCUCGAUAGUGUCCCGUCACAACAUAUGCCUAGUCUUUCCCCUGAAAAUUCAUUUGGCGAUCAUAAAACUAUUAAUGAUAACAUGGAUGAAAAUUAUACGGGACGCAACACUUUCGUUGAAGACGCAAAAGACGAAGAUUAUUGUAAACCUCAAGCGUAUUUAAGUGAUACUAGAACUUACAGCACUUUUUAUGACGACUUUCAUACAAACACAUUUGAAAGUUUCAAAACCAAAAUGUCAAGUACUGUUAUGCAUACUGAUUCGUCUUCUAAAGAUUCUGGAUACCAUGAUAGUGCGGUUAAUGAUGACAAAAACUUUUCUCUCCCGUCAUCGUCAUUAUUAAAAAGAUCUAAAUCACAUAACAAAUUGGAAGAUCAGCCAAAAAGUUUAGACAGUGUAUCCACCAAUAGUAAUGAGAAAGGCUAUCCUAAAACGUUUCCUCUAGACAGAAAGGUUCCGUGGACUGAACCAUUGAAUCAUAGUCGAUUGCUUUACAAAGACUUUUUCUUAAAGAAAGAAGGUCAUAUUGCUUUACCCCCACAAAAUUCCCCAGUCAAGGGUGAUAUACAAAGUCUCCCUAGUACAAGUGAAGCAGUAGAUGCUAUAAAAACAGAUGAACAAAUUAAUUUAGAGUAUCCAUCGUAUUUAAGAAAUAGUUCUACAAAAGCCUAUACUUCUAAAGUAAUAGAAGAUUAUAAAAAAGAGAUAGAGGCUAUAAAUAAUUUACAUGAAUUAACUAUGAAAGACAUAAAAACUGAAGCUAUUUCGCCCACUCCAUUGAACAUUGAUAAAAUGUUUGAAAUAAAUUCAAAAUCCCUUAAUGAUGAUAAAAAAGAUAUGACUUCAUCACCAGAAGAUUCUGAUAUGUCUGAUAUGCAUGUGAAAAAUAAUGAAGUCAGCAAUUGCCUAGAAAAAAAUAAGAGGGAUAUUUCUAAAGUAUCUACCAAAGAAUUGAUUCAAAACUAUCUCAAAGUUAAAGAAGGAGAUUAUUUAUCUAAGAAUAACAAAAAGAUGGACAAGAAAAAUAGUAAUUUGAAUACAAAAUUUAACGAAAACGUUCCAAAACAGGAAUGGAAUAACAAAAACACAAAAGCAGGUCAAAAGUCUACUAUUCCUGUAAACAUAAGAAAUCAAACUCAACGUCAUUUGUAUAAUGCGCGCACCCCUUUAAGUGCUAGGAUCGAGAGUGUCCAGCAUGAUAAAGAUAUCGAUUCCUGGAUGUCAUUAUCUGCUCCAUCACCUAGACAUCUAGAAAUUGGUGAUACUGAACCCAAAGCUGAGACUCCAAAAACUAAUGAUGUAAAACCUUUUGGCGAAAAAUCAGAAGAUAAACGACCCGAAGCUGAACCUAGUCCACCAGUUGAAAUAGAAACACCUAAAACUAAAGAGUUAAAUAGUAAAUCAACAGUUUUAGAUAUUUAUUCGAUGUUGAAGGAAAUAGAGAGUUAUGGAGACAAUCCAGUGACUGCAGUUGCUAAGGUUGACAUUCCCGUGGAUAAAACUCAUGAAGAGUCUAAAAAAGAUGAAGACACGACCGCUCCUAAAGAUAAUUUCAUGGAAAUAUUUGAGUUCCUCGAGAAGGUCGAGCAAAGCGCCAACGACGCGUUGUCAGUAGUGACAAGUACCACUCCCCAGACUGUCCCAAGAUUGGAGGUCCUUUUGAAACUGCCUGCAACGGAACUGGCGCAAAGAUUGGUGACAGCCUCUUUGCAGUUAGAGGAGCGCUCGUGCUGCAUCGCGCUGCUGCAAGAAAGUCUGACCAAUCACAAGGAGCAAAUGGUGAAUAAAGUGAGCAACUUAGAGAAACAAUCGCUACGGAACAUUGCUAAGGUGAAGCAGGAGUGUGAGGAGACUAUAAAACGACACCAGAAUUUCAUAGACCAGCUUAUCAACGACAAAAAGACCCUUAACCAUCGCAUUGAACAGCUGGUAGACGAGAGAAGGUCUUUAGAAGACAGAUGGAAGCGGUCUGCGCAGGCGCUCGAAGAUCGGUACAAACUGGAGCUGAAGAAUCAGCACGACAAGAUGGCCGCCGCUCAGCAGGUUGCAAGGCAGCGAUGGGUACGACAGAAAGCGGAGAAAAUUAAGGAACUAACAGUGAAAGGCCUCGAAGGCGAACUGCGCGAGAUGGCGGAACGUCAGCAGAAAGAGAUCUCCGACCUGAAGAUGUACCACGCGGAGCACUCCGGUCGGACGCAGGCCAAGCAUGCUGCGGAGCUGGAGGAGCUGAGGAGGACUUUGGAGGCUGAGAAGGAAGCUGCCCUGGUCAAGGAGAGGCAGUUAGCUGCUUCCAGACUAGAGAAGCAGAUCCUGGAGCUAGAGCUGACAUACCAGGAGCAACGCACGCGGCUCGUGGCGGAACUGCGGGCGGAGAACGAGCGAGCGGCCGCCGCGCUCGGCGAGCGCGAGCGAGCGAGCAGGGACGAGAUCGAGAAAUGGCGAGAAACACAAGAAAAGAUAUUAGAAGAAAAAAAGUUGGAGUUGGAGAAACACAUCGCGGAAGAGAAGAAGAAAAUAGAAGAGCAAUUGCAAGAAAAAACAAAAGAACUUGAAGAAAAGUUCGAGCAGUACAAGAAAGAUUUCGAAAUUGAACAACAGAUGGCGCUGAAACGGAAAGUGGCGGAGAUAGCUGCGCAACACAAGAUGGAGAGAGAUAGGGAGAUAGAGUUAGCUAUAGAGAGUAUGGAGGCCGAAGCUCAAGCUGGAAGGAAGGAGUUACAGGAAGCGAUAAGGAGGAACAAAGAACAAUAUGAAGCGGAAUUGAAAGAGUUGGCGGAGACGGAGCAGGCCACGCUGCGCCGCUACCAGGAUGCGCAGGCGCGGGUGCGGCUUACGGAAGACAGGUGCGCCGAACUUGAAGUUACCAUAAGCCAGUUGGAGACCCGCAAUAAACUGCUAAUAGAGAAAAACAACCAAUUAGAAGCUCAAAUGUCAGAGAUGCGAGCGAGCGUAGAGCAAGCGUGGAGCCACCGCGUGGACGCACUGAAGAAAGAGAUUGAAGACAUGAAGAAGACGCACGAGGAACAAAUGCACCAGCUCUAUGCAAAAGUGAAAGUGGCGGUGGCGCGCAAAGAUUCCGCCAUACAGGCGCUCACCAGGGAGGCGGGGAAGUACCAGGAGAAGAUAACAUUGUUGGAGCAGAAACUACAGCAGCAGAGGAAGGACUUUCUCAAGCAAAAGUGAACUAAACGAUUGAGGAAUACCUAUUGUAAGCGCCCGCGUUUUCAUUGUUUUGUUAGAUGCGUUAUCCUGAUUUGGAUUUAGAAAUAUCUGUUAGCUGAGUCGAGGACGUGAGACGGGACUCGAAAGUCGAAGUAAUUACUUGAUAACUUUUAAUUUGUGGUCAUAUGCGGACCUAGGGCUCCACUCCAGGAAGGACAAAGUGCCGUGUGGAUGAUGUCUGUUUAAUAAAAUAUAUUUAUUCUAGCGACUCGCCCCGGCUUCGCGCGGGUAGCAUUUAUAAACCUUCCUCAGAAAACCCCCUUUCCACUAUUUCAAACAGGACCCAAAUUCGUCCACAACUUUUCGAGGUUAGCGCAUACAUACGGACAGAGAAAAUAGAGGGACUGAAGUGAUUUAUUUGUUGGGGCUCAACAUUUCUCUGAAAUUUGAGAUUACUAUUAUUUUUAUUGUUUGCUCUGUCUACCCCGCGGGGGAUAUAGACGUAAUUAUAUGUUAUGUGAGAUUACUUGUCACUCAGUCAUUGGCCAACAGUGGACAAUGAAAAAGUGGCUUACUUUUAUUUUUCCAUACAUAUGUACUACAUUCAGUAUUAAAAUCUACAACAAUGAAUUGUUUAAGCGUAGCAAAACUCAUGAGUAUCUCAUAAAUACUAAUAUAGUUUGAAAGGACUGAUAGGCCACGUUCAGCUGUUAGGCUAAAUGGUAGAAUUGAGAUUCAAAUAGUGACACGUUGUUAGCCCAUCGCCUGAAACAAGAAUCCCAAGUUUAUAAGCCUAUCCUUUAGUCGCUUUUUACGACUUCCAUGGGAAAGAGAUGGAGUGGUCCUAUUAUUUUUCUAUUGGUGCAGGGAACCACACGGCAACAAUUAUAUAUGUUAGAAUAAAUUAGACUAAUCUUUGAAAGAAAAAUAUUAAAUGUAUUUUUAUUAUUUUUAAAUAUGUAAUGAGACCGUACGGGGCCAUCUAUCGCCCGCCUUUAGAAUUAAUUAAAAUUAUUAUUUAUUUUAUUAUAAUACCUAUUUGUAGUCCGUCCAAUAAAAUUAUGUGAUCCAACUAUUUAUUUUAGGUUAUGCAAUAUAGAAUAAUUGUUUGUUAAUGGACCAAAGAUUUUUAUUUAGUUUUUACUGUUAGUUGACUUAUGAUAAGGAUGGAGAGUUCACUUUAUUGAAACUGAACUACUAACCUUUUUUAAAAAAAAUAUACGUACUAUUUUAAUUAUCAAUUGU